AAAAAAAAAAAAAGGUAACAGAUAAACGACGAGAGAGAGUUUCAGUGAACAGUUCAGAAUUCAGAUCGAACUUGGGAGCUAGCAUUUCUUGAAGUUUCAGUAACUGUUGCGAAUUCCAAACAGAGGCCAGAGAAAAAUGGCAACGAGCGCCAGAGAAGGUCGACGAAGAAGAAUUGUCGAGAGGGGAUCUGAUCGUCUCGCUCUCAUCACUGGGCAAAUCCAAAAUUUACCACCACCACCACCAUCAUCAUCAUCAUCAUCAUCAUCAUCACAAUCACAUCAUUCUCACGCAGUAUCAUCACCAGACUUGUAUUUCGAUAAUCAGAAACAACAAUCCCAUCGGUCUACUUUAAGCACUGUCCCUUCUCAUGGUGAGGAAGAUGCCCCUGGCACUGCCUCAGCAAAAUAUGAGACCAGCAAUGAAUCUGCUAGCAAUGCUGCCAUUGGCUCCGAAAGCAGAAUGGAGCCUUGGCUUCAGAAAUGUGAGACAAGCGUUGACUACCUAAGAGAUGUUCCUCCGGACACCAGCAGCAAGACUCCAGCAUCUAUAACCCUGUCAUCUGCAGCUCAAAACUUGUCCACUUCAAUGGUUGAUCCUGAACCACGUGCUAAACCCAGGCGGCGUUACUCCAAAAUUUUCACUGCCAAACAAAUUAGUUCCUCCAUCUCUGCUUCUGAGAGAACCCGUCUUCUUUGUUCUAUUGGCAUAGCCCUUCUUGUUGUUCUAUCUCAUCUCAGGAUUCCUCUACUUAGCAGCAGCUUAGUAAGGAGUAUCAUAGCAACUAGACCAGUUUAUCUAGUAUUGUUGACCGAUGUUUCUCUUGUGCUUGCACUGCUGCUACUUGAGAAGAAGAGACAUUCUGACAAAGCUCAUGAAGAAGCAAGACAAACAAUUUCUGAAGAUGGGUUCGGUUGGGCAGAGGGACUAGGAAGGGCAUUAGAGAUGGGGUUUGUCUUGCAGAAGGUGAUUAGUGCUGCCUUUUUGGAUUGCAGUGUUUACGUUGUAAUUAUUGUCUGUGGUCUUUCUCUGGUACAGCGAUGGUUUUAGUUUAAGUGUUGACACCAUCUGCUUUGCUUUUUGUUAUUUCCCCUGCGCCACUUAGUGAGGAGUGGUGGGGAGCCCAGAGGAGAGAGAUGUAACACCCAAAAGUUUACAGUUUUACUUCCAGAGGUUCAUUUUGCUCAA